ACUGGAGGAGAUCAUGCCCCAGAUGGCUAGGGGUGGUAGUGGUAACAAUGGUCCAACCCCUCCUGUCAGCAGACUCGGUAUCGGGCCAUACUCUUGGAAUACUGAAUGUCUCCAUGGUGAUGGAGAUGCAGGUCCUGCGACAUCCUUUCCUCAAGCUAUUGGUUUAGCUGCUGCCUGGAGUAAAUCGCUCCUUUUCGAUGUAUCUGAAGCAAUUGCAAAAGAGGUUCGCGCAAAAUAUACUGACUUUGUUAAACAUAACCAAUAUGGAUAUCAUAAAGGUUUGAGUUGUUUUACACCAGUCAUCAACAUAAUGAGAGAUCCUUUAUGGGGCCGAAAUCAGGAAACAUAUGGCGAAGAUCCAUACCUUAGUGGACAGCUAUCCGCUAACUUUGUUAAAGGAUUGCAAGGCAAUCAUCCCAGAUAUGUAAGAGCUAAUGCCGGCUGUAAGCACUUUGAUGCCCAUGGUGGACCCGAAAACUACCCAGUAUCCAGAUUUAACUUUGAUGCAAAGGUAUCAGAAAGAGAUUUAAGAAGCACUUUUUAUCCUGCAUUCCGGACGUGCGUAAAAGCCGGUUCUAUGAAUAUAAUGUGUAGUUAUAAUAGGUUAAAUGGUGUACCAGCCUGUGCUAAUAAGCACCUUUUAACAGAUGUAUUAAGGACUGAAUGGGGGUUUAAGGGUUAUGUUGUCAGUGAUCAGAUGGCUGUUAUAAACGUAAUGCAACAACAUCACUACACUAACUCUCUAGAAGAUACAGUUGCUGCAUGUGUUAAUGCUGGUUGUAAUCUGGAACUGUCUAAUGGUGGAUCCAGGCCAGUAUUCAAUUCCAUGCUUGAUGCUGUAAAACAGGGAAAACUGAAAGAAUCUGUUAUCAGAGCAAGAGUAAAGGAACUAUUUUACACCAGGAUGCGAUUGGGAGAAUUUGAUCCACCAUCUAUGAAUCCCUACACCCAGAUUCCACUGUCUAUUGUUGAGAGCCAAGCGCAUCAAGAUCUAGCUAUUAAAGCUGCACUCAAAUCCUUUGUUUUAUUAAAGAAUAGUAAAAAUCUUCUACCUCUACAAAAUCAACAAUAUAAUCAAAUUGCUGUUGUCGGACCGUUUAUCAACAAUGUAAAACAGAUAAUGGGUGAUUACGCUGCGGCUACAGAGAGUAAAUACAUCAAAACACCUCUUCAAGGACUGCAAGCUCUGUCUAAAAACACAAAAUCUGCCGAAGGAUGUAGUCAACCGGCUUGUAAUGCUUACGAUACUAAUUCAAUCAAACAGGCUGUUACUGGAGCUCAAGUUGUGUUUGUUUGCUUGGGAACAGGUGUUGCAUUAGAACGAGAAUUCGUUGAUCGUCAUAAUUUAGAACUAGCCGGACACCAGCUUCAACUUUUACAAGAUGCUGUGACAAACGCUCCGCCAAGUGCCAAAAUAAUCCUCUUAUUGUUCUCUGCUGCACCCCUGAACGUCCAAUGGGCAGAGCAGAAUCCUCGUGUUGGUGCCAUCAUCGAAUCAUUCUUCCCAGCCCAAGCUACAGGGGAAGCUUUAAGGCGUGCCAUAACCAAUGAUGGACCAGAUGCUAACUUUGGUGGCAGAUUACCAUUUACGUGGUAUGCUAAUUCAAGUGAUGUUCCGUCAAUUGUUAAUUAUUCUAUGGCAGGAAGAACUUAUAGAUAUUUUAAGGGGCAACCGGCUUAUCCAUUUGGUUAUGGGUUGUCAUAUACUACCUUCAGCUAUAAUAAUUUAAAUGUACCAGCAUCAGUAACAGCUGGUGGAGAUAUUCAAGGAUCUAUAGAAAUUUCCAAUACCGGAAGCAUGGCUGGUGAUGAGGUUGUUCAAGUCUACAUAUCAUGGCGCCAAACAUCUACACCAGCACCACAAAUACAGUUGGUUUGGUUUGAUCGUGUCACCAUUCCCGCCAAUGGUAAAAAGACCGUAAGCUUUCCAAUUACCGGAGAACAGAUGGCACUGUGGUUGGAUAACGUUGGAUGGAAAGUAGAAACAGGAACCAUCAAUGUUUAUGUUGGAGGCCAACAGCCCAACCAGCAAAAGUCGGUUGGUUCAAAUACUGUUCAAGGAUCAUUCAAUAUCUUGGGAUCCAAAUUACUUGGUAUUUACUGAUUUUAUGGAAUCAAGUUUACCAAAAUUAAUCAUGAAUUAA